AUGAAGAUCCAUUCACUUUCCUUUCUUUCGCUUUGUAUAAGCUCUGCAGUUGCCCUUCGUGAUAACGCGAGCACUGGCCUUCUAUCCACGGGCGAUGUCUCCCUUGGUGACUGGCAACCGGCUUACAAAAAGGCUGUUGCAUUUGUGUCUAAGUUGAACACCACCGAGAAAAUCAAACUUAUCACCGGAAAUGAUGCCGAAGCCACGGAUGGCUCGCACUUCACUGCCCUCGAAUUCAUGGACGGAGAUAUGGGUCUGCAAGACUAUUUCUACGUCUCUGCCUUUAGCCUGGCGUCUGCAAUUAGUAUGACAUGGGAUAAAGAUGCCAUCUAUGAACAGGCUAAAGCUGUUGGGACUGAGUUCUACAACAAGGGUAUCCAAGUCAUCGACGGUCCAACAUCUCAGCCCUUGGGCCGCACCGUUUGGGGUGGGCGCUUGGUCGAGACUAUGGGGUCUGACCCGUACUUGAACGGUAUUGCAACAGGCCUGACUGCCAAAGGAUAUAAAGAUGUUGGAAUCAUUAGUGGUAUUAAGCAUUUCAUCUUGAACGAGCAAGAGACAAACCGUACCGCUUCAAUGGGCCAGAUGGGCCAAGGAAGCUCUGGGGCUCCUUAUUCGUCCAAUGUAGACUCCAAGACCUUCCAUGAGACAUACCUCUGGUCGUUCUACGACGGUGUUCACUCGGGCCUUGGUGGUGUCAUGUGCGCAAUGACCAAGGUCAACGGAACUCUGUCGUGCGAGUCCUCCUCGCUUCUUCUUGACACUCUCAAAACGGAGCUCGGUUUCCCAGGCCUUGUCUUUCCAGAUACCAAUGGCCAGGAGCAUGCUCUCGCUUCCGCAGUCAGUGGACUUGACUACAGUUCAUCUACAAUUUGGUCUAGCUCCAACAUCAACGGCUUCCUUGAGAACAACACGAUGUCUGAAGCUCGUCUGAACGACAUGGCAGUUCGCAACCUUAUGGGAUACUACCACGUUGGCCUCGACAACGGAAAACAGCGCUCCACUGCAGAUGAAGACGCCUACCUUGAUGUUCGUGCCAACCACUCUAAGCUCAUUCGCGCCCACGGCGCCAAGUCCAUGGUUCUCCUUAAGAACACAGACAACGCCUUACCGCUCAAGAAACCUCAUAAGAUGGCCAUCUUUGGAGCUCAUGCACGAGCCCCGAUUGCCGGUCCUAACAUGGCAUUCAGUGUUAUGGGAUCUGGGCCAACCUACGACGGACAUCUUGCAUCAGGCUCCGGAUCUGGCCAGGGAUCUUUGCCAUACUUGAUCACCCCUGAGGUUGCAUUGACACUCAAGGCUAGCCAGGACGGAACCAUGCUUCGCUGGGUUGCAAAUGACACAUAUUCUUCUUCGGGUGGUUCUACGCUGGUCAUGCAGGGAUCCGACAGUACUUCCGUCACCCCUUCGAUUAGCAACUACGCCGAGAACAUGGACGUCUGUCUCGUUUUCCUCAACGCACUGGCUGGUGAAGGUGCUGACCGCACUGAGCUUACCAACGCCGACCAAGACAGUCUUGUGAAGGAGGUCGCUGAGAACUGCGCGAACACUGUAGUCGUCAUCAACACCGUCGGAGCCCGCCUUGUUGAUGAGUGGAUCGAGAACGAAAACGUCACUGCAGUGCUGUACGGCAGCCUUCUUGGAGAAGAGUCCGGCUACUCGAUCGUUGAUGUUCUGUAUGGAGAUGUUAAUCCCAGCGGACGAUUGAUCUACACAAUCGCCAAGAACGCCUCGGACUACAACGUGGAUAUUUGCUACACCGCGAACUGCAACUUCACCGAAGGCAACUACAUCGACUACCGCUACUUCGAUGCCUACAAUGUGACACCCCGCUACGAGUUUGGCUACGGUCUCUCUUACACCAACUUCACCUACUCAUCUCUGAACAUUGACUCACCGUCAUCGCUCUCGCGCUAUCCCACCGGCAAGCUUGCCGUCGGUGGCUACGAGGAUCUCUGGGACAAUGUCGCAAACGUGAGUGCUGUGAUUACGAACUCUGGUACUAUUCGCGGUGCAGAUGUGCCUCAACUGUAUAUCAAGUACCCCGCAUCCGCAAAGCAGCCUCUUCGCCAGCUCCGUGGGUUCGAGAAUGUGAACAUUGCUGCAGGCAAACAGACGCAGGUAGAAUUCGGCUUGCGCCGCCGCGAUAUCUCUCACUGGGAUGUGGCGGCUCAGAAAUGGGCUGUUGCCCCUGGCACAUACACGGUGUAUGUCGGAGCCAGCUCGCGGGAUCUGCGAUUGCAUGGAAGCUUCCGCGUUGAGACAAAAGCUUGA